CACAGAGAGCUUUCAAGUUUCAGCACGCUAAAGGAAAUGUCUUCUCAAGUUUCUGCAGAUCUUGUUCCAGUACAAGACAACAACAUGUCCAAGGAAAAUUGGCAUCUGGCCGAUUUCGAUCCCGACAUGUGGGGGGACAUUAUCCUCUCUUCUCCGGCCGAAACGGAUAUGGAUGCUGGAACUCAACUUGAGUACGAAGAAUUGAAGGAAGAAGUGAGGAGAAUGGUGGUGACUAAUAUGGAUAAGCCAUCCCAAAAAGUGCACGUAAUUGAUGCAGUUCAGCGCUUAGGUGUGGCCUACCAUUUCGAGAAAGAGAUAGAAGAAGCCUUACAAAUUAUAAAUCAUGCUCAGGUCGACGACGAUCUCUACACCACCGCUGUUCGGUUUCGUCUGCUAAGAGAGCACGGUUUCAAUGUUCAUUGCGAUACAUUCAACAAGUUCAAAGAUGAGAACGGAAAGUUCAAAGAAUCCUUAAUCGGUGAUGUAAAAGGCAUACUCGAAUUGUACGAAGCUGCAAAUUUUCAAGUGCAUGGGGAUAAUAUAUUAGAAGAAGCUCUUUCUUUCACUAAAUUCCAUCUAAAGUUGGCAGAACCAAAGGCAGACUACCCUCUCUCCACACAGAUUGUUGAUGCUCUAAACCGACCCCUUCUCAAGAGCUUACCGAGGGUGGUUGCUAGGACCUACAUUCCCAUAUAUGAAGGAUAUGGUACCCUAGACCAAAACUUACUGAAAUUUGCAAAGCUAGAUUUCAGAACAGUACAACAUGUGCACAAGGAGGAGAUAAGGAGGUAA